AUGAUCCUGAUGGGUCGCACUUUGUGUCUUCCGUCUCCAGCCACCGUUCAGGAGUUGUUCUCUGUGGCUCGAGACGCCAGCGUCAUCCCUGAUAUCUCCUUGGAUCCCGUCCUCACUACCUUCCUCUCGCUGGACUCCUCAGAUGCUCUGCAGCAUCAGUAUGCCUUCUUACAGCGCAGCAUGACCGGGGAGCAGCAGACUGCGUUCGGCCUCAGCCUGACAGGACAGCUGGGAAACAGCAGCAGGGUCACCUAUGGAGGAGUCGGGGUUGUUGCUCUGGCUCUGUCCGUGCUUUUUGACCAGGUUGCCCAACAAAUCCGAGCACAAGGAUCCACAGAAGGCGACCCAUCUGCUCAGACACCUCCCCAGGCUAAAAGGAUUUUUGGGAUCAGCAGAUCAUCAAGAAUUGGCUGGAUCAUCCACAGCUACCUCCGCCUGAUCCCCGGCAUCGCCAACAACCAGGAGAAGAUGGCCGAGACUACAGAGCUCUACGACAACUGGCUGAAGCUCGAGCUAAUCGACCAUUAUGAGAGGAUGACCACGAAGAAGAGGAUGAGUUCAGUGUCCAUGCAGCAGUGGUUGGCAGGAGCUGCGUUUCAUCUCCACGUCAGAUUUCACCAGGUUCGUCUGCACUCUGUGCCCGUAGGAUCAGCCGAGUCACUGCGUCUGUCUUAUAAGACAGCGUUAGGUCGUCUGGUUCAAGGCUACACAACUUACCUACACAGAAACAUUAAGGAGACUGGAGCUCCAGGACCCCGAAAACCUAGUAUCAGGACAGCCAGUGAACCAGCACAAACUGACACAUUCAGAAGAACGAACAUGACCUGCUCAAGUAAUCAUAGUUUUAAUGACAGUCUGGUUCAUAUCUCAAAGUUUAAUGAGACUACAGCACCCAAUUCAACUGCUGAAAUCAGCAGAAGGUGUAAAAAAGGCAGAUCCCGUGAAGACUUUGUACUAAAUGUGUCAAACAGAAGCGCUGAGAUCACUGAGGGUGUGGUCAACGGAACGAUACUCAACAACACGAGCGUCAAUGAGGAUGUUCAGGGUCUGUUAGUCAUCGAGCCAUGGAGGAACGUGAGUCACAACGUGCAGCACCACCCCUGUGAGUCUCCGGCCAUACAACAAGCUCUGGUGACUCGGAUUAUUAAUGCUCAGGACCUGGAGAGGAACAGAAACUUCUUCCUGUACCCUAAAAAAGUCUUCCACAGCCUGCUCAGGCAGAGAGACGACUUUGAGAUAAAGACAAGUUAGACAGAAAUAAACAGAGGUGGAAUGUAACCAAGAACAUCUAAGCAAGUCUACUGUAUGUCAGUAUAAAUUUGAGAUACUUGUUGUGUACUAGAGUAUUGUCUACACUCACCGGCCACUUUAUUAGGUACAGCUGUUCAACAGUUUGUUAACACAAAUAGCUAAUCAGCUAUUUGUGAAAACACAUGGCAACAGUUCAAUGCAUUUAGUCAUGUAGACAUGAUGAAGACGAGCUGCUGAAGUUCAAACAGAUCAUCAGAAUGAUG